AUGAACAAUCACACAAUCGAGGUUGUGCAACCCCCUCUUCUCGACGGCGCGGACCUCCCGGGAUUGCGAUCCUCGAAGUGUCUGGCACUGGCGGCGCCGAUUCAGCGAUUGUGGAUCUUUGACAAGCUCGGAGAUUUCCGCCGACUGCUUCGCAGCAUGAUCCUGGUGGUGCGGUUCCAGACCGAGCUGUUGGCGUUGAAGGAGAACCACUCGCACCGUCUGCGAGGACUGAACCCGUUAAUCGAUCCUGACGACGGCCUUCUGAGAGUUGGCGGUCGGAUCAAACAAGCUUUCGUGCCGUACGACAGCCGGCACCAGAUCCUGAUGCCUGCCAAGCAUCCUGUCACGGAAUCGUUCAUCCGAUACGAGCACAUAAAGAACCUCCACGUGGGCCAGAAGGGCUUGCUUGCGCUGAUACGCCAACGCUUUUGGCCGAUGAACGUCAAGACGACUAUCCGGAAGGUGACUCGGGGAUGCGUGACGUGCUUUCGAGUCGAUCCAACGAAGACGGUUCAGCUGAUGGGAGAUCUCCCGUCGUACCGCGUACAACCCGCGCCGGCGUUCUUCAACACUGGAGUUGAUUUCGCUGGGCCGUUCCUGGUCAAGUCGCUGACCGCAGCACGAAGGCCGAUGAUGACGAAGGGGUACGUGUCCCUCUUCGUGUGUAUGAGCACACGAGCCAUACACCUGGAGCUGGUCUCGAGUCUGACGACGGAGGGGUUUCUCGCUGCCUUGCGGCGUUUCACUGGACGGCGGGGCCUGGUGAACAAGAUGUACUCUGACAAUGCGACCAAUUUCGCUGGAUCGGAGACAGAACUCGAGCGGCUGGCCAAGCUGUUUGCCGAGGAGCAGCACAUCGAGCAGGUGGAGGAAUUUUGCAGCAGUCACGGAAUCACCUGGAGUUUCAUCCCGCCGCGCAGUCCGCAUUUCGGUGGGAUCUGGGAAGCUGGAGUAAAAUCGGUCAAGCAUCACCUGAAGCGAGUAGUCGGCAAUCAGAAACUCACCUUCGAAGAACUGACCACCGUGCUGGUGCAGAUAGAAGCCGUGCUGAAUUCGCGGCCGUUGACGCCGUGCUCCAACGACCCGAACGAUUUGACCGCCGUGACUCCAGCCCACUUUCUCAUCGGACGAGAAAUGCAAACGGUUCCAGAGCCGUCGUAUCUCCAGCUCAAGCAGUCGACGUUGUCCCGCUGGCAACACGUGCAGGCAAUGCAGCAGCAGUUUUGGAAGAGGUGGAUUGCGGAGUAUUUGCCGGAGCUGCAGAACCGCCAGAAGUGGUUCAAAACCACCAAGAUUCAACCGGGCGCUUUGGUGCUGAUCAGCGACCCGAACGCUCCGCCGAUGCAGUGGCAACUUGGUCGGAUUAUCGCACUGCAUCCCGGUAAGGACGACGUCACCAGGGUGGUGACACUACGGACGGCGAAGGGCGAAUGCAAGCGAGGCGUGACGGAGAUUUGCCUGCUUCCGCUGGACAAGGAGACGACCGAGGAUGAUUGA